CGGGCUGGAGGGGGGUCAGUUGAAGAGGGCGAAAUCUUGGGCCAGUGCGAGUUAUCGGGAAGAACAACUCCAUUGCUGCGCCACAAAGGUCGGAAGGUCACGGAUAUGGCGAACCUGCUCUUCUUUGACGUCGUGUUAGACGUAGGCCAGCAGCAGAACCUUCCCAAUGGCCCGAACGAACCGCUGCCGCCCAUUCCCGUCCCAAAUAACGCCGGUAUAUUCGAUUUCGGAAAUCAUGAUGCUUUUGUGUACAAGUACUACAUGCCGAAAGGAGACAACGCCGAUGCGUCUUGGGUGAUUGCCAGCGGAAGAGGCGCAGUCACCUCCGUCGGCAACGUCGUUCAAACGGGUCCUCCGAAUUGGAGAGAAACGGAAUUGGAGCCCUUCCAGAAGAACUUCUACCGGGAGCACUUCAGGUCUUGUAUCCGUACCGACGAGCACGCGAAUCAGUAUUGUAAAAAACACCACAUCACCGUAAGAGGGCGAGGCAUGCACAAGCCUGUGCUCCGAGUGUUCGAAGCCAACUUCCCUGCAUGCGUGGUCGAGGCCCUCGAAGCGACUGAAUACGACACCUCGUCGCCUACCCCCGUCGAGGCCCAUUGCUGGCCCGUGGCGCUCAAGGGAAGGGAUCUGCUGUCGGUUCUCGGAGCAGGAGCUGAGGGUAAGACCAUGGCCUACCUCCUUCCAGCCAUAGUCCACGUCAUCCAUCAGGCGCCCCUGCAGCCCAACCAGGGUUUCAUGGCCUUGGUGCUGGCACCAACGCCCGAGGAAGCCCGCAAGAUUGAGCGGACUGUCGGUAAAUUCGAGAAGCACACCGGUGUUCGCACCACGUGCUUGGUCUCCGGUGGGUCGAAGGAUCAACAACUGAGGGAUCUCCGUCGCGGUUUCGAAAUCUGCGUAGCGACGCCCGGCCGUAUCCACACGUUCCUGGAGGAGGGCAAGCUGGACCUAGCGCGGUGUACGUACUUCGUGUUGGACGGCGUGGAUUGCAUGGUUGACAUGGGGUUCGAGCAGCAGAUCCUCGCCAUCGCCAAACACAUAAGGCCCGAUCGGCAGACGCUGAUGUGGAUGUCUAGGAAACCCAGGGAGCUGUAUCGGCUAGUCGACGCCCUUCUCAAGGACUACGUCGAGGUCAACGUCGGUGAGUCCCGGACAUCGCCGGACCGGGGCGUCGAGCAGCUGGUCUGCAUUUGUGCCGAGUCAGAGAAAGAGGCGAGGUUGGUGGCGCUCUUAGAGGACAUCUUGAGCCGGCCUGAGGAUAUGGCACUCAGAAAGGUCAUGGUGUUUGCCGAAACUAAGAAGCGGGUAGACGAUCUGGUGUCCAAGCUGCGGCUCCGAGGCUGGCCCGUCGUCGGCAUUCACGGAGGAACGACGGAGCGCGCCCGUGAUUGGGCGGUUGCCGCCUUCAGCCGAGGCGAGACACCCGUGCUGGUGGCGACCGAUGUGGCCGGGCGGGAGCUGCCCUCGGACCGCGUGCGCUACGUGGUCAACUACGACUACCCGAGCAGCGCCGAGGCGUACGCACGCCGGAUCGGCCACGCAUCGCGCUUGACGGGCGAGUCGUGUACGGCGUACACGUUUCUGGAGCCGGGAGCCAGGCGUUGCGCCAAGAAGAUGAUCGGGAUUUUGCGAGGAGCAAAGCGGAAGAUUGACCCCGAACUCUACGCCAUCGCCAAGAGGGCAAAGCAAUUGAACUGACAGGGGGCCGCCUCCGGUGAGACCCUCUUCGUUACCCCGUGCUUUGGCAGUCGUGACUGACUGGCAACAGUACGAACAGCCUGCUAGAAAGUGUUCCCAGAGGCCGCCCGUUGUCUAUAGAUGCUUGAAGCCAGAUGAUUACUGAAAAAAGGAAUAGCGGCGUCUUAUGGAGGCAUUAAAUUUUGGUUUGCCUUGUGGCAGCCUCACCAAAUGACCAACUUAUUUGUGGCGGGUUCACUUAUCGAAUGCGCGAAAUUCAUGCAUUGGAUGCGCCAAGUUG